GGAGUGGCGGGGCGCCCCCAAAGCCAUCCCCCAGCACCCCCAGUGCAGGCCCCCUCGACGUCACGCCAGGGCCUCAUUCGGGUCACCACGCAGCGUGCCCUGGGCCAGCCACCCCCUCCGGAGCCCUCAGCCAGCUCCAUGGCAUCAGCCCCAGCCUCCAGCCCCCCGGCCAACGCCACCGCAACCCCCCUGCGCUGGGGUCCCCUGCGGCGGGUGCUGAGCUUUUCCUGGGAGCUGCACGUCUAUGGGGUGGGGGUGCUCUUCCUCCUGCCCGCCUCGUUGGCGCUGGCCUCGCUGGCAGCCGCCCCUGCGGGGUCCCGGCUAGCACUGGUGGCUGCGGUGCUGGUGCUCCUAGCGUCGGCGCUGCGAUCCGCCUACAUGCUGGCUGACCCCUACGGCUCGCAGGCGCGGCUGGGCUUACGCGCCAGCCUGGUGCUCUACAACCUGCCCUUCCCCUUGCUGCUCACUGCGCUCGCUGCCCUGACCCUGCUCGGCCUGGGCGCCGGGCUGCCACAGCAGCUGCAGAACCCGCUCCUGCUGGGAGCGUUGGCGUUGGCGCACGGUGUGGGGUUGCUCACUGCAGACCUGCUGUCCGCCAGGCCUGCACUCAACCUCCUGGCCCAGGGCUUAUCGUGCGCCUGGGGCGCGGUGGUGGCUCUGGGCACACUCUGCCUGUGCCGUCGCCGCCUGCUGGACGGGCCGCGGGGCUGGGAUACGAGCCCGGGCCCGCGGCUGCUGGCCGUGGCGGGUGCGCUGGGGCUGCUGGCCAGCGGCUUGCAGCUGGCGGCCGCGCUGUGGCUGUACCCGGGCCCAGGCCGGGUGGGCCGCUUCUCGUGGGCCUGGUGGGGUGUCCACUUUUGGCUGCGCCUGCUGGAGCUGACAUGGGCGCUCGCCAUGGCGCUGGCCGCCGUGGCCGCCGCACGGCCCAGGCCGCCCACAGAGCACGCUUGCUGGGCUAAGCUGCUGCGCCUGGCGUGCCCCCCGCCCUCGGGCAAGAGCGAGGUGCCGGAGCGGCCCAACAACGGCUAUGCGGGGCCCAGCGGCGUCGGCCCAGGUAGCUUGGACAUCAGCAGGAGCCUCAUCCGCAACCCAGCGGAAGGUGGGCCGCCUGCCACGCCCAAUUCAGACGCCUGGGGCUCGGCUGCGUCGCUGGGCCAUGGGCCCCAGGGUGGCCCGCGACUGUCCCGCAGCAGCGUGGGGCCGGCGCCAUCGAUGAGCGAGCUGGACCUGCGGCCGCCGUCACCCAUCAACCUGAGCCGCAGCAUCGACGCCGCGCUCUUCCGAGAGCACCUGGUGCGAGACAGCGUCUUCCGGCGCUGCGGCCUGCGCGGCCUGGCCUCCCCGCCGCCCGGGAGCGCGCUGCGGCCGCGCCGGGGCAGCCACCCCGACGCCGAGCUCGACGGCGCGGGCUCUUCGCUCCUCCGCGGCCGCUGCCGGUCGCUCAGCGACGUGCGCGUAAUCUUUCUGCCUCUAUGCUGCUUCUGGACGUUUCCCAUAAAUGGAACCAUAUAAUAUGUGGCCUUUUGUGUCUGCUUCUUUCACUUAGCAUAAUAUUUUCAAGGUUCAUCCACGUUGCAGUAUGUAACAGUAUUUCAUUUCUUUUAUGGCUCAAUGAUGAUGUAUUUUUUAGGUAUAUUGUACUUUUUAGAUAUUUUGUUUAUCAGUUGAUGAACAUUGAGUUGUUCCUACUUUUUGGCCAUCGUGAAUAAUGCUAUGAAUAUAUGUAAAGUUUUUUUUUUUUUGGUGAGGAAGAUUGGCCCUGAGCUAACAUCAGUUGCCAAUCUUCCUCUUUUUGCUGAGGAAGAUUAGCGCUGAGCUAAAAUCUGUUCCCCUCUUCUUCUAUUUUGUAGAAGGGACACUGCCAUAGCAUGGCUUGAGGAGCAGUGUGUAGGUCGGCACCCAGGAUCUGAACCCGCAAACCCUGGGCCACCAAAGUGGAGCAUGCGAACUUAACCACUACGCCACCAGCUGCCCUGCCUACAAGUUUUCAUGGGGGCAUAUGUGUUAAACUCAUGUAGGUAUAUAUCUAGGAGUGCAAUUGCUGUAUCAUUUGGUAAGUCUAUGUUUGACUUGUGAGGAACUGCCAAACUAUUUUCCAAAGCAACUGCACCAUUUUAGAUUCCUACCAGCAAUGUGUGAGACCUCCAGUUUCUCACAUCUUCAUCAACACUUGUUAUUGACUUUUUUAUUUCAGCCAACCAAAUGAAUGUGAAGUGGUACCUCACUGGUUUUGAUUAGCAUUUCCCUGAUGACUAGUGAUGCUGAGCAUCAUUUUAUGUGCUUAUUGGACAUUUGUGUAUCUUUUUUGGACAAAUGUCUGUUCACAUCCUUUACCAAUUUUUUAAUUAAGAUAUUUGUCUUUUUAUUGUUGAGUUGUAAGUGCUCUUCAUAUAUUUUGGAUACUAGAUUCUAAAUCGUAAAUCAGAAAUAUGAUUUGCAAACAUUUUCUCCCAUUCUGUGGGUCACUCCCUUUAUUUUUAAUUAUUUCUUUUAACACAAUAUUCAUUGAUUUUUUUCCCUCAUAAUUAAGCAGAUUUUGAUAGAAAUUUGAUGACAGUGAGCUGUAAAUUUUCUGUUUUCUCCUGGAAACUAUACCAGGCAACAAGAAGAAUGGAAACAAAAUCUCUAUAUCCUCAGCAAAGGAGACAGAAAAAGAAAUUCCACGAAUUCCAUAUUGUCUCAGUGAGUUUUGACAAACGCAUGCAGUCGUGUAACUACCAACGUGAUCAGGAGACAGAACAGCGCCGUCACCCCAGAAACGCGCCUCGCCCUCUGCCAUCAGUCCUGUCGCCACCCUCAGCCCCUGGCAGCGGCUAAUUGAUUCCUCUUCCUACAACUUCGCCUUUUCGAGAAUGUCAUGUGAAUGGAAUCAUAAAGCGCGGCCUUUUGUUUUUGACUUCUUCCACUUAGCAUACUAUUACCUUCUUUUUUUUUUUAAAUCAAGCUUAAACUAAAACCCACAAUUUAUUCACUUUACUGUCCAACAUUCAUGUAUUUACAUAUUGUGUUUGUGUGUAGUAAUUCAACAAAUCAUUGGCCUCAGUCAUAUUUUAGUGUUUUUUAAAAAGUCAGGUUUAUUGAAGUUUAUUUUCCAUACAGUAAAUUCACCCUUUUUAGUGUGUGGUUCCAGCAGUUUUGCCAAAGGCGCACAUUUGUGUAACCAGCAUCGCAAUCAUGAUAUAAAGCAGUGUCAUCACCCCAGAAACUUCCCCUGUGCCUCUUUCUAGACAAUCACUUCCCUGCCCUAGCCCUGCAGCCACUGAGCUGACUUACAUCCUGUAGCUUUGCCUUUUCCCGAAUUCCAUAUAAAUGGACUCAUACAGUGUAAGCUUUGGAGUCUGGCAUCUUUCACUGAACAUGCUUUUGAGAUUCAUCCACAGUGUUGUUGCACGUGCUAAUAUUUGGUUCCUUUUUAUUGCUGAGCAGUAUUCUAUUGCAUGGAUGUGCCAGUUUCUUAAUCCAAUCACCAGUCAAUGGACUCUUGGGCUGUUUCCAGUGUGGGCCUGUUAUAAAUAAAGCUGCUAUAAAUAUUUGCACACA